UAAUUUAGUAGCUAAAUGGCUGGAGAAAGUGAAGUGGUAGCUACGGUUGAACCAACCUUAAGAGCUUGUCGCUGUCGGGAGCUUCGUCCCUAUAAGAUAAUAGCCGACGCCGCUGUUCAACCAUCCUUAGAAAACGACCGGAAACGUAUGAAGCUGGAUCCUCAUCUUUUCCUUCCGGUAUCUUCUCGGGACUGUGUUAACGCAGUACAGAACUCGGAUACUAAAAAGCCAGCAAAAGUUGACGGUCUUAAUAACGAAGCCCUAUUUUCUAAUGGAACAGUGAAGUUAGAAACUGAAAUUUCGGUUGGAGGAGGAAAGGAGUGGCCGAAGUUCGGAAUGGCUUCCGUUUGUGGAAGGAGACGAGAUAUGGAAGAUGCAGUUUCGGUUCACCCUUCGUUUUGUAAACUUAACAGUCAAGUUCAAAUUUCCCCUGAUAUUCACUUUUUCGGCGUCUUCGAUGGCCAUGGCUGCAGUCAUGUUGCUAUGAAGUGUAGAGAUCGAUUUCACGAGAUAUUGAAAGAAGAAGUCGAAGCAUGCAACGUGACUGCGGCGAUCGAGAUGCUGAGAAGCUUUGAAAGGAUGGAUGGAGAAGUUAAAGAAGGGAAAGUGGACCCUAAGGAGGGCUCGACUUGCCGAUGUGAGCUUCAAACUCCACAGUGCGACGCCGUUGGGUCCACCGCGGUGGUUGCUGUUGUCACCCCUGAUAAGAUCAUCGUCGCAAACUGUGGUGAUUCACGUGCCGUUCUAUGUCGGAACGGCGGCGCUUUUCCCCUCUCCGAUGAUCACAAGCCGGAUCGACCCGAUGAAUUACUCCGGAUCCAAGAAGCAGGUGGCAGAGUAAUUUACUGGGAUGCCCCUAGAGUUCUUGGCGUUCUAGCCAUGUCUAGAGCAAUCGGUGAUAAUUAUUUUAAACCAUUCGUUAUACCGGAGCCUGAGGUGACCACAACGGAGAGGAAAAGUGAAGAUGAGUGUUUGAUUCUGGCGAGCGACGGAUUGUGGGAUGUAAUGAGAAAUGAAACAGCAUGUGGGGUGGCGCGUAUGUGUUUACGUGCUGAAUCCCGAGCAGGGGCCUCCACGGUCAAAGGUGGCGCAUCCGAGGGAUUUGAUAAGCCAUGUUGGGACGCUUCGGUUUUGUUAACGAAAUUGGCCUUGGCCAGGCACAGCACCGAUAAUGUUAGCGUUGUGGUUGUUGAUUUGAAGGAAAAUCAGCAGCCUAUCUAACUAAAAAUAGGAUCA